AUGUCGUCGUUAGAUGUGUCUUUAAGACUUACAGGUAAAGUUGGAAGAAAACGGAUUGGAGUCGACAUUAAUCAAGUCAAAGAAAUUCCACUUUGUCGUCAAACAAAUAUUCGAUCUCUGGCUUUUGCAAUGAACAUGGCAAAAUCAACCGUCUUUCGGCGUGUGAAAGAUGGAACUCUUUGGCCACAUUCUAAUUCCAUCAAGCCUCAGUUAACCGAAGGAAACAAAAAGGUUAUGUUUAUGGCUGCUGUAGCACGUCCUCGAUUUGAUGAAAAUGGAAUUGAGUUGUUUUCUGGAAAAACAGGGAAUUUUUCGUUUGCAGUUAAGGAACCAGCUAAGCGGAAUAGCAAAAAUCGAACAGCAGGAACUAUGAAAACAAUGCCCUUUCAAUCAGUAACUAAAGAUAUCACUAGAGUUUUCUUGGAAGAGAAAGUUCUUCCUGCUAUUAGAGCAAAAUGGCCAGCUUCUGAUUCAAAUAAUACUAUCUUUUUACAAAAAGAUAAUGCAAGGCCACAUAUUGGUAAAAAUGAUUUGGAAUUUAUUGAAGCUGCCCGACAAGAUGGAUUUGACAUUAGAUUGUGUUUUCAACCAUCGAACAGUCCAGAUUUAAAUGUUUUAGAUCUUUGUUUUUUUAGAGGAAUCCAAAGUCUUCAAUAUCAAAAGGCCCCUAAAAAUGUUGAUGAAUUAGUGGAAGCAGUGGAAAGAUCUUAUGAUGAAAUGAAAGCGAAACAACUCAAUCAUGUAUUUCUUACUUUACAAUCUUGUAUGAUUGAGGUGAUGAAAGCUAGUUGCAGCAAUAAUUACAAAGUGCCUCAUUUGAACAAAAAUGGACUAGAAAGAGAAUAA